AUGGAAAGGAUGAAUUUAGAUAUUAAUGCAUUGUCAAGGAGUUUCAAAAAGACGUCUGUUUUGAUUUCUUGUAAGUUUUAUUCAUUUUAUGGCAUUUUAUAAAAUUUUAAACUUUAUUUUCGUUAGGUUCUGGAGCUGAUUCGAACUUUUCGGUAUAUCAACAUGCUUUGACAUCUUAUUUUUCGAGAACUCCAAUUGUCUGGAAGCGGAAUAACAAAGUUUUCCCACAUCUUUUGACAUUUCCAUUGAAGUUUGUUCCUUACGAAGAUAAGUUAUGUUUUGGACCACAUAUAACACCUCUCGAAAUUUGUAACAUUGCGUAUUUACAUGUUUAUCAUAUUAAUGUAUUGGUAAGCCAUUUCUAUUCAUAGUUCUAUUCAACUGGAUAAAUGAGAUAUUCAGAAUGCGGACGAUUAUAGAUCAAAUGUUCGACAUAAUGUAUCUGAUUGGUUUGCAAAAGUAAACACAAAACCUGAUGUUCAAUGGAUGAUUUUGAUAAACACAUCUCGUGCAAAGGAUAAAAAGACAAGGACAUUGCUUUUAGAGAAAAUAAAAAGCGAUUUCAGUAAAUUUCAUUCGAAACUCUUCGAACUGCCAGAUACAUCAGAUCAUCAAGCAUUUACUUCAUUUGUUCAAGGUAUUCAACAAUGCAUUUUUGCUCAUUUGAAUCUCGUUGUUGAAAUAUGGGAUAAAUCAUUGAGAACAAUGUAUGAAAAAAGAAAACAACACAAUUUUGAUGUAUUUUCAUAUUUCACAUCAAUGGUAAGUUUUUCGAAAGUAGUUUCAUCAGAUAAUUGAUCAAUAUUCAAUUUCAGACUCAAUAUGGUCGAAAUUAUUGGAGUUUUGGUGCAAUUGAAUAUGCUAUAAAUAUAUUUGAUGAUGUUGAAGGGCUUUUAACUGAAGUUGUAAAUCGAGCACAAGAACCAGAAUCACCUCGAUGGUUAUCUCAACUUUUGAAUGUUCCGAUAGAAAAUCAACCGAAUCUUGUGAAAAUGUUUGAAAUUGAAGCAUUAGAUCGAAAAGAAGCACAUUAUUUGGGAAUGAGAAAUUAUCUUCUUUGUCAACAAAUUAUAAUGGCAAUACAUUUAUAUCAACAUAAAAUGAAAUCAAAUGAUGCAGCACCUUCUUUGAGAUCUGAUUGUGCUAUUGAAAUAUUGAGAAGAACACUUUUAUGUAUUGAAUCUGUUAAAGAAUUCAAUACACAAAUGAAUGUAGGUUUCUUUUCAAAUUUCAUUCAAAAAAAGUUAUUUUUGAAGAAUCAGCGAGAUUUUCAUAAAACUAAUUGUUGGAUUUUGUGGACAGUUUCUGAAUCACUCGAUGUUUGCAAUUUUUUUUGUGAUAUUUCUCAUCUUGAUGUCGCACCCGCAUUUUUAUCUAAACUUCAUUUAGCAAAAUUCGAUGCGGUGAGAAUACUUUAUAUGUUUGAAAAAUAUAUAUGAAAAUUAUUUUAGAUGUUUAAUCUUGCAAAAACGAAUUCACUGGAAAGAGAUUCAUUAGUUUCUUGGCUUAAACAAAUUAUCAAUAACAAUUCACUUAUAUCUUCACUUCAAUCAUCAGAAACAAUGUGUCAAGAACUCGAAAAGAUGUAUGAAUUAUGUAUUCAUAAUCUUUCUCAUCGAAAUCGAAGUUCUCUUCAUAUCACUUAUAAAUAUUUCGAAUAUCUCAAAUCAAUCAAACAUAAAUGCCCAAUUCCGAAAUUAUCGAUAAACAUGAAUAUUUUGAAAACAUUUCCGAAACAAGAAUCGAUUGCAAAUAUGUUGAAAAGUGUUUAUGAAGAAAAUUAUAAUGAAGAUAUGUAUGUUUUUCCAAAUAUAAUUCAAAAUUUUAAUUAUAUUUUUUCAGGCUUCCGAUUUUAUUUUAUAUAACUCAAUGCUCUGAAAAUGAUAUAACUUCAAUUAAUCUUUUUUUGGAUAUUUGUGAGAAACUUGAACACUCGAUCAAUUGGAAAAUAAUCGAUGAUUCUGAAUUAUUUCAUAUAACUGUUGAUACUUUCGAAGCAAUUCAAACAAAAAAUUCAGAAUUUGUGCUGAAAAUCAAAAUAAAUUCAAAAAUCGGAUUUGAUCUUCAUAAUUCCAAAAUUCGUCUUCAUUUUUCAUCUUCAUCAAAUUCAAAUAUAGUUCAACCAAACAAUUUAUCAACACUUUCUUUGCAAUUUGAUAAUAAGGAUAAUACAUGUCGACUUGUAUCAGAAACAAAAACAAAUGGACAUAAAAAUGAAGAAAAUGCAGAAAAAGUACACAAUUUUGUAUCAGAAUCCGAUGUAUUUAUUUUAAAAUCUGGACAAAAUGAAGUGGUAUGUUGAUCUUUUUGUUUUAUAUGAAACUGGUCUUGUUCAUUUCAGAUAACUUCAACUUUUCUCGAACAAGUUGGUUGUUUUGUUUUGGAAAAAAUAGAGAUUCUGUCUUUGAAAAAUUUCAAUUUGAAAUAUGAGACAAUUCAUGCAUUUUCAAGACGUCCUCCAAUUUUAUAUUGUAUGUCAACUCCACAUAUUAUUAAUUUAGCAAAUGAAAAUAAUCAACGUGAGUUCACGUUUUUUUUUUUGAAAUUAAAUUUUACAACCAUAUUUUUCAGAAUAUUUGGCUGGAGUUAUUCAAAAAUUCGAAAUUGAAAUCGAAGCAAAAUGUGAUGUCCCAAAUGAAUCGAUUUUGAAAUGUAUUCCACCAAAUCCUAUGUUCAUGUUUUUGGUAUUUCCUUUCAUCUUCAGUUUCAGCUAAUUUUCAGCUUUUUUCAGCAUCAAAACAAAAAUGUGUGGUUGAACGAAAUCGAAAUUCCAAUAAAAUCUUUGAAAUGUCAUGAGAGAACAAAAGUGGAAGUAUAUUUUUGGUUGAAAAUUGAUUCAACAAUUUGCGAAUCUGCAGCAAUUCAGAAAAGAACGGUCUGUUUUUUAUUUCUAAUUGUAAGAAAAAAUAGAUAA